GAAAAACUGAUCUUAUGUGCCUGAAGGUUGCUUAUUGAUUGGUUGAUUCCCUGUCUUCCCAUCGUAAACAGAAUGGAGACCUCAUCUAAAGAAGAGUACACGAUCCAGUCGUUUGAUUUGGAGACACAGAAACUCCUCAAGACUGCCUUGAAAGAUCCAGGUUCAGUUGACCUGGAGAAAGUGUCCAAUGUAAUCAUGGACCAGUCUCUGAAGGACCAGAUCUUCAGUAGGGAGGCUGGACGCAUCUGUUACACGAUUGUCCAGGCCGAGGCUAAACAGACCAACGGGAACGUGUUUCGGCGUAACCUUCUGAACCGACUGCAGCAGGAAUUUAAAGCCAGAGAAGAGACACGGAAGAGAUCCACUCAGGAGUGGGUUUGCCUCGUGUCCUUCAUCUGCAACAUCUUCGACUACCUCAAGGCUAUCCAAGAUGUAGAUGAGUUUGUCUCUUCAUCAGAUUUCUUCAUCAGAUCACUUGCUCGUCAGUGGAUGCUCUGCAGUGAAUGG